GAUUACUCUAACACUACCAGGUUCAUAGCUUUGCCGGUGACUUGAAUCGCUCAUCUAUCAUCUUCGUCUCCUAUGCUCUUCAUCUUAUCUAGAGCACCGUCUUCAUUAGAUUCCAUAAACCUUAAUUCAACUACCUUGGUUGUCCAUUUUUGUGCUGAAUUGAAGUUUCAAUGGUGGAGAGAAGAAAGCCUCUUAUACUUUCAUCCACAAAGAACCUCCUUGAUUCCAUAUUGAACUCAGCGGAAGCUAGAGAUGGGGUACAACGAAAUCAGCUGCCUGAAAAUAAUAAAUCACCGUCUUUGCGGUUGCGGGCGGGGAUUCUUCGUUUGUCGAGGGAUAAAAGUGAUGUUCGGGACCAGAAAUGGGCUUCUCUCGAUGACUCUGUUCUGGUUGGGGUUUCUGCUACAGUUUUGAAAAGACUUUGCAUCACUUCUGGGUCGUUGGUGCUUGUCAAGAAUGUUGAGACAAAUGUACAGAGGAUUGGUAGAGUUCUUGUUCUGGAUCCACCUGAUACAGUAACUGAAGAAUGCCAAUCUGAGAUUGAUCUCUCUGUUUCCCAAUCUUCUAGUGCAAUGGUUGUUUUUCCUUCUUAUACCUUUCAUCGAAACCAUCACAUGCCUUCAGAUCAAGGAACUGCUUAUCUCUCUCCUGUCUUUGCAUUUAACCUUGACUUGCACGUAUCAUGCCUAAAAUUUCUCAUUCAGGAGGGAUAUGAAACCUUAGCUACAUUUUUUGAAGUCAAGGAAGACAAACUGAAAAAGAAGGACAUUGUAACUUCCUCUGUUAGUGUAGAAGUGACAGCCUGGGUUCAUGUACCACGAUUUGCCUCACACCUAAGAACUUCCUUUGUGAAGAUACCAGAAUGUGGUACCCUCAAGUCUCUCAAGGGAGAUUCCCCUUUUGAAGCUGAAGAUCGUCAAGAAAUGAUUGAUUCAGCAUUGCACAAUUACUUCAAAGUUGAUAGGUAUAUUGCUAGAGGUGAUGUUUUUUACAUCCACAUCAAUUGGAAUUGCAAAUCAGAGAUGUGCAUCCUGUGUAGCCAAAGGACUUCUGACAAUUCCAUGGACAAUAUAAUUUACUUCAAGGCCAUGGCCAUGGAGCCAGCAGAUGAAGCCCUCCUUUGUGUGAAUUGUAAUCAAACAGCUCUGGUUCUUGGAGGCAGUGUGGCUUCAGCUGUUCCCCCUGAGUUAUUGGUUGGUGGCUCCCAAGGCUUAAUGCCCUUGCAAGGGGACAUUGUGAAGACUUUGGCGUCUGUUCUUACUCCACCUUUGUGCCCAUCGGCUCUUUCUUCAAAAUUCAGAAUUUCCGUUUUUUUAUAUGGUUCAACAGGGUGUGGGAAGCGGACUGUUGUUAGAUAUGUUGCUCGCCGCUUAGGUCUACAUGUGGUUGAAUAUAGCUGUCACGAUCUAAUGGCAUCAUCUGAAAGAAAGGCAUCUAUUGCACUAGCUCAAGCUUUCACCACUGCUAAGAGAUAUUCUCCAACAAUACUUCUGCUACGCCAUUUUGAUGUUUUCCGGAAUUUGUCCUCUCAUGAGGGUUCACAAUCUGAUCAAGUUGGCAUUGCCUCUGAAAUUGCAUCUGUCAUUCGGGAGUUUACUGAGCCAAUUUCUAAAGACAAAAACUCCCAUGCUGGGGAGAAAGCAAAUGGUGUCUUUCAGUCUGAGAGGGAAUUUGCACACCAGGUCUUGCUAGUUGCAACAGGUGAUGGUUCUGACGGUUUACCACCAUCCAUUAGACGUUGCUUCAGCCAUGAAAUAAGCAUGGGCCCUUUGAAUGAGGAGCAGAAGUUUGAAAUGCUGUCCCAAUUAAUCCAAAGUCUUUCCAAAGUUCUUGAUCAUAAUGGUGUAGACGAUGUUAUUAAGGACAUAGUUGGACAGACAUCAGGUUUCAUGCCUAGAGAUUUACGGGCUCUAAUUGCUGAUGCUGCUGCAAAUUUAGUGCCAAGGCUCAUUGAUGAGAAAGAUAAAGUCGAGUCUAGAGUCUCAGAUGAGAAUAAUUCCUUAAAGUCAUUCCAGUAUAAUAUGUUGGAAAAAGAAGAGCUAGCUAAAGCUUUGGAGCGAUCAAAGAGAAGGACUGCGUCUGCCUUAGGAACUCCAAAGGUGCCCAAUGUAAAAUGGGAAGAUGUAGGCGGACUUGAGGAUGUAAAGAAAUCAAUCCUAGAUACUGUUCAGUUACCACUCCUACACAAGGAUUUAUUUUCAUCUGGAUUGCGUAAGCGUUCGGGUGUGCUUCUCUAUGGUCCUCCUGGUACAGGAAAGACCUUAUUGGCAAAGGCUGUUGCAACAGAGUGCUCCUUGAAUUUCCUUAGUGUAAAGGGCCCUGAGUUGAUCAAUAUGUACAUAGGAGAAUCAGAAAAAAAUGUUCGAGACAUUUUUCAAAAGGCAAGAUCAGCACGUCCCUGUGUUAUUUUCUUUGAUGAACUUGAUUCUCUUGCUCCAGCUCGGGGAGCCUCUGGAGAUUCAGGGGGUGUAAUGGACAGAGUGGUUUCUCAGAUGCUGGCAGAGAUUGAUGGCCUAAAUGACUCCACACAGGAUUUGUUUAUUAUAGGUGCAAGCAACAGACCCGAUCUCAUAGACCCAGCACUUCUACGGCCUGGUCGAUUUGACAAGCUACUAUAUGUUGGAGUAAAUGCUGAUACAUCUUACCGGGAGCGAGUCCUGGCUGCACUAACACGAAAAUUUAAGCUCCAUGAAGAUGUAUCUCUGCAUUCUAUUGCAAAAAAGUGCCCACCCAAUUUUACUGGUGCAGAUAUGUAUGCAUUGUGUGCUGAUGCUUGGUUUCAUGCUGCGAAGCGUAAGGUUUCAAACCCACAUCCAGAUCAUUUGCGCAAAGAUGACAAUGCCAAUACAGUUGUUGUUGAAUUUUAUGAUUUUAUGAAGGUAUUAGCAGAAUUAUCUCCUUCUCUCUCAGUAGCUGAACUUAGAAAGUAUGAACAACUGCGAGAUCAAUUUGAAGGAGCUAGAAAGUGAAUUCUAGUCAAUCCAUACCAACAAUGCUGGUUCUACAGAUGGGAAUGGAUUUAAUCAUGUCUAGUCAUACAAUAACCAGUUAUGAUUAUGCACCUUUCAAGUUACCAGGCAGCUGCACCCUGCGUGAAGAGAACUGGGAACUAAUGGACAAACAAGAAUUGGAUGCACCCCUCUACCAUAUCUAUACAAAUAGAAUACCCCAUUUAUACAGAAUUGUUAAGGGGGCUACCCCCUUUGAUCAAUUACCAAGAUCUUGUUCCCAGGCAACAAACGUGUCUAAAUCAUUCCUAUCUCCAUCCUGUUUAAAAUGGUCAUUCAGUAAUUAUGUAUUCAUGUAGAGGCAAACGAGGAAAAUGAUCAGACUUUUAGCACGUUGUGGGAAGUAGAAUCGACUUGCUUUUCACAAGUGCUACGCAUUCAAGUGACACACUUGGUGGUGCUAAUUUGGUGCUACUGCCUACAUUCAUGCCAAUGUACCAUUUCCUAUUUUCUUUUCCUUUUGUUGGUAUAUGAAUAUGAUGGACUGAGGAUAUUUGUUGUCUAUGGAGGAUUAAUAGAAUACAAUAAAGUCCUCGUUUAAUUGUAGUUGUAGGGAAUUGUACAGAAACUCUUACAUUGAUGCAAGAACAAUUUUGUACAGAUUUUUUUUCUACAAAUAAUUUGGACAAGUUUGAAUCA